UCUUACAAAAACUUGUUACCCUCCAGAAACAUGGCAGAAAUUUGUCUGAAUGUGCGAGUACAUCUGUGUGUUGAGAGAGAAAAAGAGAAUGCUUCUGAAAAAGUGUAAAAUCGAAAUGGAUACAGUUGGAAUGGCAUGUAGCAUGAGAGUGCUAGAGGGGUAUAACGUAGCAGAAGAUAAACUUAUUUAUUCAGGAAGCAUGGGCUUGUUAGCCAAAUCUUAUCUCCUUAGCCUUGCCAUCGAGAGUAGAAGAUAAAGAAAAAAGACCAGAUAUUUUUCCCAUUAACUCAUGGCGUCCAUUGGCAUUACUGCCUCCAUACAAAGAGCUUGCAGCUCUCAGCAUAUCACUAAGAAACAGUCGACCCAGGCCAGACCUUCACGCUCUUUGGGAACACAACAAACUACAAACGUUGUGACUCCAAAUGUUGAAGGCCUCAAGUUAGCCGAGAAACAAGAGAAAUCUCCGCUUCUGACUAUUCGCAAUCCAAAAGAACUCGAGGAUGAAAGUCAGGAUUCUAGGAAUUCUGUCGAAACAUCAUAUCCUAGAUUUUGUGACGAGAGAUGGAAGAACGGGACGUGGGAUCUCAACAUGUUUGUGAAGCAGGGAAGAGUGGAUUGGGAUGCUGUGAUUGUAGCGGAAGCAAGGAGGAGAAAAUUUCUUGAACUGUAUCCAGAAGCAUCAAGCAAUGAAGAACCGGUGCACUUCAGAAGCUCUAUCAUACCAUGGUGGGCGUGGAUCGUUCAUUCUCAUCUCCCUGAGGCCGAGCUGCUAAACGGUCGAGCUGCAAUGGCCGGAUUCUUCAUGGCCUAUCUGGUGGACGCUUUGACAGGGCUUGAUGUGGUCGGCCAGACGGGGAAUUUCGUUUGCAAAGCUGCCCUCUUCGUUACCAUCAUUGGAGUAGUCCUUUUCCGAAGGAAAGAAGAUCUUGGGAAUUUCCAGAAGCUAGCUGAUGAGGCAACGUUCUACGACAAGCAAUGGAAGGCAUCCUGGCAAAGUCCAGACACUAGCAAUGCUGUAAAAGAGCAAAGUCGUAAAGAGUAACUGAUCACUUUAAUGUUGCAGAUGUUUAUGUACGUCAAGAAUUCAGACAAGUUGGGAGAAGAAUUGGUCAUGUUUGUCAACAUAGCUCAUCAUAUGACUGGAGACUAUGUUACUACUAUCAUAUGAGAACUAAUUCGUUUAUGAGCAGUAAGAAGCAAAUUACACUUUUUGUUU